CAAAGAAUCCAGGUCUCCGGGAGGGAGGCUUAUACCAAGAACCAUGUGUGCCGAGCGGCUGGGCCAGUUCGUGACCCUGGCUUUGGUACUGGCCACCUUCGACCCGGCGCGGGGGACCGACGCCACCAACCCACCAGAGGGUCCCCAAGAUAGGGGCUCCCAGCAGAAAGGCCGCCUGUCCCUGCAGAACACAGCGGAAAUCCAGCACUGUUUGGUCAACGCUGGCGAUGUGGGGUGUGGUGUGUUCGAAUGUUUCGAGAACAACUCUUGCGAGAUUCGAGGCUUACAUGGGAUCUGCAUGACUUUUCUGCACAACGCUGGAAAAUUCGAUGCCCAGGGCAAAUCGUUCAUCAAAGAUGCCUUGAAGUGCAAGGCCCACGCUCUGCGGCACAGAUUCGGCUGCAUAAGCCGGAAGUGCCCAGCCAUUAAGGAAAUGGUCUUCCAGUUACAACGGGAAUGCUACCUCAAACACGAUCUGUGCUCUGCCGCCCAGGAGAACACCCAAGUCAUGGUGGAGAUGAUUCACUUCAAGGACUUGCUGUUGCACGAACCCUACCUGGACCUGGUGAAUCUACUGCUGACCUGUGGGGAGGAGGUGAAGGAGGCCGUCACCCACAGCGUUCAGGCUCAGUGUGAGCAGAACUGGGGAAGCCUGUGCUCCAUCUUGAGUUUCUGCACCUCAGCCAUCCAGAGGCCCCCCACAGCGCCCCCUGAGCACCAGCUCCAGGCCGACAGAGCCAAGCUCUCCAGGGCCCACCACGGAGACAUAGGUCACCACCUCUCAGAACCCAGUAGUCGGGAGACAGGCCGAGGUGCCAAGGGCGAGAAAGGUAGCAAAAGCCACCCAAACGCCCAUGCCCGGGGCAGAGCAGCCGGCCAUGGGGGCCCCGGAACUUCUGGAAGCAGCGAGUGGGAGGAAGAACAGUCUGAGUACUCUGAUAUCCGGAGGUGAAGCGAAAGGCUUGGCCGGGAAAUCUUUCCUCCAUGCCGUCCAUUUUCUUCUCUAUGGACAUUCCAGAACAUUUGCCAUUAAAGAGGGGGGAUGUCACACGCAGGAUUUGGUGGGGAUUGCAGACUUGAUGAAGGCGUGUGCUAGCGGAACGAACAGGUGAGGCGGAGAUGGCCUGGGCGGCAGCGAGGUCCCGGCUCCGCCCUGGGGGUUCCACACGUGCACAUCCUGAAGUGAGCGCGCCACGCGGCCUCCUUGCAACUUUUGUCCUCUUUCCAUCCGUGGAGCCACUGGGUGGCGGCCUGCGGUUUGCUCUGCUGUGGGGGAGGUGGGCCGGGGAAGGGCAGGGGUCGGCAGGCCUGCCUGCUGGACCUCGCACUUGGUGCUGGGCCCCCGGCCCCGCAGCUUCCGGUGCUGUCUUGGCAGGGGGUGGAUGGAUUCCGAUGCAGGGGUGAAUGUGAACAUCGAGCGAGCGGGGGAGUCAGAAGGGUGGAGAGGAGACAGCCAUGUGGGCGCCUGGUGCCAAACGGAAAUUCAGUUUCUUGCAUGGGACCUUGAGGUUUGGAGCUGCUUGGGACCGGGAGGGCAAGGGGGGUCUGUGUGUAAUUUCUGAGCCAUUGUGCUGUUGGGGGCCUAUGUCCCAGGGAAUGGCCCCCGUGGUUUGUAUAUUAACCACUGCUUCAAAUCUCGGUUUCACUUUUUUAUUUAUCCAGUUACAUCUACAUACCUGUCGUCUAAAUAAAUGGCUUUCAAACAAA